CAGACCGGCAUCACUCGCUGAUCCGUCUGGUUGUGUUGCUCAGCUCUGCUUCGCUCUCUUGUUAUAUUGUCAGUGCCACAUACUCUCAGUUCUCUGUCGCGCGUUGUUCUCUCUUCAUCGUUGCCAGUCGGUUUUAUCCAGAAUCUGCACGGUUCGAGUUUCUGCUAGCUGCUGCGCUCGCACCUCCCUCAGGAAUAUCGAGAUGAAGUGGUUAGUCGUGUGCGUUUUAACGAUCGUAGUGAUAAGUUUGGCUGUCGCCGAUGGAGAGAUUUGGGAGGAAGACGAACACGAAGUCCUAAUCAGAAGUGAAAGAGGAGCGAAAAACCGUGGUAAGCCAAAUCUAGAAGACAUAUUUUCUGCGCUGGAACUUACCACCUACCACCUACAACAAACGAUAACAUUCUCUCCCACUGAAAUCCUAGGUAGUAUUGAUACAGGCAAUGCAUUUAUCAGAUCUUUCUUAAAAGUGCUUUAG